GUUACUGAUUGGUUGGGUGUUCCUUGUAUAUUUUGAUAUUUCAUGGAUAUUUAGUAGGUUGGCUUACUGGGUGGUCUCCCACUCCAUGAGGUAUCAAAAAUGGAUGUUGUGUACAUUGUGUACUUUGCACGACUAGCUUGCGAAAUCUCUUGCGCAAUAACCAAUCCAGCUUUUUGUAGUGACCAAUCUCUGUGUCGAGGGAGAUCUCAGUUCUGCAUUUGAUACAUUUAAAUUCGACUAGUUGACGCUGCAUUUUAGGUCGUGUGGCGUCCCGCUGCACUCACCACAAACUAGUCCUUCGCGUGGAUUCUGCUGUACCAGUUUGACGAUCAUUCGAUGGCGAAGAUGAUGCACGCCCACCAGUACUCUAAAUAUCAUGGCGGCCCUUCUGCCCUCGAGGGUCAUAGAAGAUCCUCAGUUUGAUCCACCAUGGGAGCAAAAUCUAGUGAGUGGACCCGAAGGGUCUCAGACGAUGUACUAACACACUGCUGUAGCUAAGAAGAGAUAUUCAUACGCAGCAGAUUAAUUAAGAGUUUCGGAAGUGUUCUCGACCACUGAAGUUGAUUGUGCAGUAUGUAGAAGUGCCAGUGCCAACGCCCAAGAAAGGCGACAUGUUGGUGAAGGUGGAGGCCAGCAGUGUGAACAUUGUGGACUGGAGGAUUCAGGACGGCCUGCUGAAGUAUGUCCUUCCUCGCAAAUUCCCUCACAUUCCAGGCACUGAUAUAAGCGGUGAGGUGGUGAGCGUUGGAUCAGGAGUCGAGGGCUUCGCACCUGGCGACAAGAUUCUCAGCUGGAUCGAUUUACUGAGAGGAGGCGGAUUUGCUGAGUACGCUCUGGCUCCCGUAACAUCCACUGUGAAGCGGCCCCCAAGCAUUUCUGCUGUGGAUGCGGCCUCGUUGCCAGUGGCUGCAAUGACUGCCCUCCAAAGUGCCGUCCAUUUGAUUGGCCUUAAGCUAGACGGCUCAGGUCCUAAGUUGAACAUUCUCAUCACUGCGGCUUCGGGUGGGGUUGGCAUCUUCUGGACACAGAUUGCGAAGCUUUGUGGUUGUUUCGUCACAGCCACAUGUGGAGCGCGCAACAUGGAGCUUGUGAGAAGCUUGGGAGCCGACGAGGUGUUGGAUUACAAGACCCCCGAGGGGGCGAGCUUCAAGAGUCCCUCUGGGAAGAAGUACGACGUGGUGGUGCAAUUGGCACCUUACCGGCCACUGGAGGCCUUCAAGGCCCAGCUCACAAAACGAGGCACUGUCGUAGAUAUGACCCCCACCUUGAGGACUGUCCUCCGGAAUUGGUACAACAAGAUCACAUUCUCCAAGCAGAGCUUCUUGCCGUUUGUGCUUGAUGCAAAGAACACUACGGACUUGCAGUCGGUCACAGACUUGGUAGAGCAAGGGAAGCUGAAAGUCAUAGUGGACUCGACGUUCCCACUGGCCAAAGCCCCAGAUGCAUGGGCUCGGAGCAUCGAGGGUCAUUCCACAGGAAAAGUCGUUUUAAUCGUGUGACUGUUUGUUGCCAACUUUGAAACGAGUAAGGACUGUCUAGAUGAACCUGUGCACAGAGAAUAAGAGGCCAGGUUUUGUAUUAUCAGAAUUAUGCGCAUCAAGCGAUUGAGAAAUCUAGUAUGCAAAGUAAGGAUUAUACUGGUUUUUUAUGUUGAAGGAGAGUACCAUGAGGAUAUUGAACCAAAAUCACAUUGUUCUAAGAUCAGAUCGUAACUUCAACAGUGUAUACAUUAUGAUAUUAGCAUUGUAUAUGUACAUGCGGAGACGCUUAUCCACUUCCAAUGUAUAACGGUUAAGGGUAAGUCUAGCAAUUCUAUGAUCAAGAGGGAUUCUAGCUUAAAGAAUUAGUUGGUUCCUAUUUCAUCACCUACUUCCAUGUAAAAGCAAGUUGCACAAAGUAAAGUUUCAUAAUUUUAUCCAA